GCUGAAGAAGCGGAGGGACCCGGAUGGAGCUGCUGCUGCUGCUGAUGCUGCUGAUGCUGCGGUUUCGGUUUGUUUGGUUCGGUUUUUCAGCUGAUUGUUAAUAUUAUUAGGAACAGGAUAUAAUGGAGAGCUGUGAGGGCAGUGUCCAGGCGGCCACAGAGACACUCAGUGUUCAUGAUUUCUCCGAGAAGCUCCUGGAGCAGAUGGUGCAUUUCCACGUGCUGAAGCUCACAGGCGGGUUUUUCCUUUGGGUCGGAACCAGUCCUGUCCUUUCCAACCUGGCCGUGUCAAUGAACAGCAGAUUUGACUCCAUGCCUUUGUCUACACUGGUACUGGGAGAUUCAUCAGACACAACCCCAACUUCCCUAGCUCAGAGACUGACAAAGAAGACCAAGAAGCAGGUGUUUGUGAGUUAUAACCUUCCAGUGACGGACUCCAAUCUAACGCUGUUAGUGGAGAACCGAAUAAAAAAGGAGAUGGAGCUCCAUCCUGACAAAUUUUAACUUCUUUCAAUGACAUACACUCAUUUUUCAACACUGUCUGUUUUGUACAUAGUUCACCUAAUAAAGGUUAACAAAAUA